AUAAAUUCCAACAUGAAGCUGUGUUUUGUACUUUUUGUCUUAUUCGGUGCUGUUCUAGUGUCCCAAGCAAGGAAACACUUCCUCGCCGACCCUGAACCACGUUCAACUCUUGCUGCUCCGACCCCAACCCCAGCUGCUCCAGAACUCCGUUCAACUCUGUCUGCUCCAACUCCAACACCGGCUCCAUCUGGCUCUUCUGGCUUUUCAUUUGGCUCAAUUGCCAAAUUAAUGGAAGAAUUCAUGGAAAAAGUGUUUAAUUUUGGAAAAUCGGAGGCAUUGAAGAUGGGCUCAGCUCCUACGCCUGCUCCGAAGAAUUGAAUUUCAUUUUUUACGGAAUAAAAUUUUUAAACGUCA